ACGGAGUGAAUGGUCUGUAGGAGCAUCUCAUCUGAAUUUGACAUUGUAAUACGAUAUGAUGGUUGAGAUAUCACGCGUUUGGUGAUGGUGAUAUUGGUGAUAUUGGCAAGUAGGUGGUUGGCCAACAGGCAGGGGUUCGAACUUCAUGGGGCCAUCAUCCAUUUCGCUUCCCUGUGCGUCCUGGCGUAAUACUUUCUUCUCGGGCCGCAUUUCAGGGACAACAUGAAACCCAUUCGCAACAGGUGGUGUGCCGUUUCCUCUUCAUGCCUACUUAAUGACUUAAUGGAUGUGUCUGCCGAUUGUAUGUUUGCUUCUAUGAUGUAUGCGUAGAUUCGCGUCCUAUUCUUCGCAACCCAGAAUCCCACAUACUAUUGGCCUCAUCCAUCAUUGUCCACCCUGCCCCUGAACAUGAACAGAGACGCACCCAGAAGAGCCGGAAAGGCCUGGUACGAAUUACUGAGUGUUGAUCUCCUAUACUAUGUUGCCAGCUACACCGUUUUACAUCCUUUUGUUGCGUGGAUUGUCCCGCUUUGUCUGCGUGCUCAGUUGACCCCGUAUAAUCACCGCGCCUUCCUAUUUUCCGUGGGCUACGCCGCAUUUCUUACAUGCGUCUUCAUCGCGAAUGGAAUUAGCAAAAUAUUGGCAUAUGGAAAACCGAGAAAAGUCGAUCUGGGGGAAGAGGUGAUCGUAGUCACUGGAGGAGGUGGAGGUCUUGGUCUGUUCAUUGCCCAGGUCUAUGGCAUCAGAGGAGCAAGCGUUGCCGUGCUCGACGUUAAGUCGACCAACGAAGAUGAAGUACCAGGCAUCACGUUUUACAAGUGCGAUGUCAGAGACAAGAAUGCGUUGGCGAAGGUAGCGGAGAAGAUCGAGAAAGAGCUAGGACCGCCAACGAUUCUAAUCAACAACGCCGGAAUUAUGCAUGGGAAAUCUCUAUUGGACCUCUCUUGCGAGGAAAUUGAAAAAACAAUCCAAGUCAAUUUAUUGUCUCAAUUCUAUACCAUCAAGCAGUUCCUCCCCGGCAUGCUCGAGCAAGGUUUUGGCACCAUCGUCACCGUUGCCAGCGUUCUAGGGCACCUUGGCUGCGCCAACCUAGCCGAUUACUGCGCAUCCAAAGCCGGCCUCAUCGCCCUCCACACGUCCCUCGCCGGUGAACUCGAGCAAUCCCCCCACCCAUCCGCAAAGAACAUACGGACAGUGCUCUGCACCCCAGGGCAGAUGGCCACGCCUCUCUUCGCGGGCGUGCAGACGCCGUCGAAUUUCCUAGCGCCGGUGCUGGAGCCGGUGGAUGUAGCGAAACAGAUCAUGAAGAUGGUAGAUGCGGGGGAGGGCGGGGAGAUCGCGCUGCCGCUGUACUCGCGGACGGUACAUUUUACGAAAUGUCUGCCGGCGGGGGUGCAGUGGGUUGUGCGGAGGCUGAGUGGGAUGGAUAGAGCGAUGGUGGAUUAUUCGAAGGUUGCGAAGAAACGCGAAAAGAGCCGUUAGCGAAUGCUAUCGAUUUUAUUCUCUUCGAUAUAGAAUUGACAGGAUCCUUUCUCUCUUUCAUGAAUGACCCAAUGAGGCAAUUCGGCAACGAGUACUGAAUAGCGUUCCAAAAGUAUAGUAUGACCUCAUUGAUAAAUGUGCUGCUCAAUUACUAUCCUUCCUCGCAUUGUAGGGUCGCACAUGAUAAGGAAUCGAUCCAUCCCAAACCCUUUGAUAUGUAGAUUAUUCAUUAUUUUAGAUGGCCAGUUGCUGCGGAUUGAUAAUCAAGUCGCUCAG